AUGCCAGCCCUCCGACCGUAUCCUCCCUCCUCAAAACACCUCGUCCUUGACUACUUCAAGGGUCAACGACACCUCGAAAUCUUUGACAAGAUCCUCGAAUACGGCGAUGCGAAGUUUGGCAAGUGUAAUUUUGUCAUUGUCGAGGACAUUGCGAAGGAAGGAGUCGUCACCAAGGCUGUUGACGCUGAGGAUCCAAACGACUUGGUUGAGCCGGCUGUAAAAGGUGCAGUUGGGAUAUCGGAAAGUGUGAGGAAGAUCGUUGAAACGGUGAAAAGGGUGGUCAUCACUUCUUCUAGUUCUGCGCUAGUCAUUUCAGGCGGCAAGCGGAAUACUUUUGAUGAAUCUAAAUGGAAUGCUCGGUCAGGGAUGGUUUUACUAUAG